AUGCAAAUUAAAGAAGAAUUGAUUAAUGUGAUUAUCAAUUUGAUUGAAGAAUUGUUUGAAUGCAAAAUCAAUUCCAUCAUGCAAGAAGUUAAUGACAAACUCACUCGCAUGCAUUAGGAUAUCGAGAACAUGUAGGAUGUUCUGGUCAAACACUUUUCUCAUCAAAUUGCACAUUCCAGAACAGAGUCUUUGAGUGAAACUGUUGAUACUGCUGAGGAAGAUUAAUUUAAGAAAUCCAUUAAUGCAGAAUUGGAUAGUCUUGGUUUACGUGUGUAGUAGUUGGAAUACAUGAAUCACAUCAUUCUGGAUACUCAAAGUGCCAAUAAAUCCAAUUUCAAAGAACUAGAACGUAAAAUACAACCAUUGCAAGAACAAAUUAACAAAUCAAUCGAGGAGAUGAAAAAAGACUUAAAGGACAAGCAAACCUUUUAAUGGACAGUAUUGAAUGACCAAAUUGAACGCGUUGAAAAGUAUGUCCAGAAACUCAAACAAGCAGAUCUCUUAUUCUAAUAAAAAUAAUAAUUGUAAACAUAAACGAAUAAGAAAUCCAAAUGA